AUGUCCUUCCCCCAUACUCCUCCCAAGACCGAGCCAAAGACACUCUGGGAGCUCCGAUACAUCAUCCUCGACGAUCUUUUCUUUCACGAUGCUCCCCGCAAAUACAUGCUGCUCUCCCGCUGGCACUUUCAGCGAGCCGCCCCUUCCGCCUUUCGGCGUGGCACCUUGUCCCAUGGGCUCUUGGAAAGGAUCGGUCAUCCGCCUGAGAAUGAUGGUAUCAUGCGACAAUGCCUUAACUAUGUGGAAAUUCUCGUGGUGCGGGAUCUCCAGUGCGUGUUGGAUUUGAAUGAAGUCGCCCAUGGGAGAAAGCUCCCGGAAACGCCGAGCAAUGAUACGAUACAUCGAGACAUCGGUGUGCUCUUCCCCAACGCCAAAGCUCUCGAGUUUCCAGUGUCAUCGUUCAACGCUUUCUCUGGUCGCCGAACGCUUUCGAGUGCCCCAGACCUGCCACCAGACAUCCACCAGCCGCUCCCUCCCAAGCCAUCAUUUACCGAGUUGGAGGACUUGCCCUCAAUCGACAUGCCCCUGGGUACCGACGAUAUCUCCAUCACCAAUGUUCUUGGAUCGUCUUGUACCCAGAUCAUCGUUCGCUUUGACGAAACUCCGGCUUACGCUCAGCACGUAAUUGGGCUGCACAGGCUCAGUCAGCUCUCCAAAAAGGACAUGGACGUCUGUCACGUUGCAGCCCCACUGCGAGAGGGUCCUUGA